UCAUUCCGUGUUUAUACUUGCAAAUUAUCUCUCAAGGUGUCACAGUACAUAUAUAACAGAGAGAUGUGAGAUUUAAUUGACAUCUGAAUUUCAUUUGUCGGAACUUCCUCGUUGUACAAUAUGAAGAAUACUAGUCUAACUCUUCUCCUGGUCUUAAUUUCAAUAUUUUGGGUGUUUGGUACUAAUCCUGGGAUUGAGAUAAGAGUUACUAACCAGGGUCUGGCGUAUGCGGAUAAUAUUGCAAUUCAAGUCUUGAUUGAAAAGUUGAAAACGACGAAGAUUAAUGAUCUUUCAGGAAGAGCGGAUACACCUUUGGGGGACAUUGAUUACGAAUUAACAAACCUCCACAAUACUGGGGCUUCAAUCGCUACAUCCUCUUUCAAGACAGUCCCUGGAGUUGGACUCGAUCUCUCAGCUUCAGGAGUCUAUGUCGCUUUCACGGGAGACUGGCAUUAUAGAAAAGUCCAUUGGCCUCAUGUUAGUGACAGUGGAUCAUUCGACAUAUCAGCAAGCGGCGUGUCUUUCAGUUUGACGGCAAAGAUUGGUGCUGACAAGGGCAGACCGUCCAUUUCUACAGCAUCAUGUACAGAUAAUGUCGGUGAUGUGAACGUGAAGUUUCAUGGAGGGGCAAGUUGGCUGUACAACUUGUUCAAAGGAAAGAUUGCCGACUCCAUAAAGUCUCAACUCAACAGUCUUAUUUGUGAAGAAGCGACGAAGGCGAUCAAUGAGGAUGCUGAAAAGGAAUUAGCAACAUUUCCUGUCCGAAAACAACUUGAUAAAUUCUCUCUCAUUGAUUACUCGCUUAUUGAGCCUCCAGUCUUUGAAGAGGACUACAUGGGCGUUGAUCUAAAGGGGGAGUUGAUGUCAGCGACUCAUCCGACGGAAUCAACUCUAAUACCUCCAGUGAUCCCAGCCAAUCAAACAUGUACAAAAAUGAUUUGUUUUUAUGUGACUGAUUAUGUUUUGAAUACUGCUGGCCAAGUGUAUUAUAAAGGAAAUUUCUUUAACACAACGGUCAGUUCUACACAGGUACCACCAUCGUUUAAAUAUCAGCUUAAUACGAAUUUACUGAAAAUACUUGGGUUGUCGAAGGUCUAUGAUAUGUAUCCAGAUCGUCCUUUGUUCCUUCAUCUUUUCUGUACGGAGCCCCCGAGUAUGAAAACUCUGCCGACUGGUAUCAACAUCGCAAUCACUGGCAAUGUUGAGGUCUAUGUUGUGACCAAAGAAGAGAAACAUGUGUUUCUGUUCACCUUGACAGCGAACCUGACAGGGAGUGGUAGUGCACGUGUCAAUGGUACGAUCUUGCAAGGUUCUGUUUCAAAGUUUAGCGUUGAUUUCGGUGUUUUCAAAUCUGCUGUUGGUGAUAUCAAGCCUAAUAUUGGUGUGAUGAAUUUGCUGCUUCAUCUCUUGGCUGAGAAUACUAUCAUUAAAGAACUCAAUGAGAAAGGAGAGAAAGGCAUUCCUCUCCCAGUCCUGGACAAUGUCCAGUUGGAAGAUUCGGCCAUCAAGUUUGGAAAGAAUUUCUUCUCAUUUGAUACUGAUCUCAAGUACACCGGACCGCGGAAGAUUCCUAAAAGGAUUCUCAUCCUCGCGUGAUACGAAUUACAGAAGUUGCAGGUUAUUUCAGGUCAGGCAGUUAUUUUUCUAUGUGUGAACAUAUCGCUCGGGAAAUGGCGAAGAUCUACGUAAUGCAACGACUAAACAGAACCAUUCACAAAAUGGAAACAAAUAAUUAUAAACGGAUAUAAUUUUUAGGGUUUGAUAAACAUUUGGGUACAUAACAUAUCUUUCUCUUAACGAAAACCUUCAGGCAUUGCACGAAUAAUACAGAAAUUAUGAAUAUAUUUUUCUACAUACACAACAAA